GCCCUUUAAAGAGCGGUGGGACGCACAGGUCCUGAGAACCGAGCCUCAGGAGUGCCGGAUUCGCUGGUGGUCACCACUAUGUCCCUGCAGGCUGAUUUUGACAGGGCUGCCGAAGAUGUGAGGAAGCUGAAAACAAGGCCAGAGGACGAAGAACUGAAAGAACUCUAUGGGCUCUACAAACAGUCUGUAAUCGGAGACGUUGAUAUCGAGUGCCCAGGAAUGUUAGACUUAAAAGGCAAGGCUAAGUGGGAAGCAUGGAACCUCCAAAAAGGAUUAUCGAAGGAGGAUGCCAUGACUGCCUAUAUUUCUAAAGCAAAAGAACUGAUAGAAAAAUAUGGAAUUUAGAAUUCAGCAUAUGAGAGAACUUUCCUUUGAAGCCUUCAUGAUGAUAUCCCACAUUUGGGGGAGAACUGCACUGUGAACUCUAUGUAUCGUGAAUGUUUGUGCUAGUAACAUGAAUUGUAAUCCUUAAUUAGAGGUAUGAUGAAAUGACACAUUUAAUGAAAUUCUACUUGCUCAAACCAGGUGGGUGUUUUGGGUUUUUUUACAUUUUAAAAAAUUGUCUUUAUUUAGGUUUCUGAAUCAUCGCAUUCAUCAAAGACUAAUCAACAUAGAGGUGAUUUUAAACAUUCUUUUAAAAAAUAUUGCUCUGGUAAUAUAUGCACAAAAACAUUAACAAUUGUUUGUUCUUUUGGCUUGUCUGUUUUUCUGCAACAGGUUAGUAUGACUAGUGUAGUCAAAACAUUUUUGAAAGAACCAAUAACAAGAUUGUUCCUUUGUGGUACCGUGUGGCUUUGGGGUUCGCUCUGACCCAGGGCCUGAUUCCAGCCCUUACUCUGUGAGUUAGUUAGCAGGUGACCGGAGGCAAGUUACUUAAUCUUGCUAUGCCUCAUCUGUAUAGUGGGGGAGGGGGGAAUCCAUCUCACAGGGUUGUAAGAACUGAGUGAGAUAACUGUAGUUAUCCUACCGUUGUUUUAAGUCUUCUGCUAUAUAAAACCUAACAACAAAUCAGUUACAUUUUUUAAAAAAGAUAAAUGUAUGAGUCUAUAGCUCUUCAAAGAAAAAAACCUACCAUGGGACUAUCAACUGUUUCUCUUACAUUUAAGACAAAUCAAAAAAUCAAACUGAAAUGUAUUAAUAGUAUCUAGUGAUGAUAAACUGUGCAACUACUUUCUCUCUUACAUUGAGCUUUAUCAGAGUGAAAAUGUAGAAUCUGAAAUACCCUAUUGGCCCAGUACUCUGUCUUUCUUGCUGGUACACAGACUCUCUGAAAGGAGAUGGUUUCACUUUAAGGGUUCUAAAAUCUGCUUGAGAUUCCAUAGGAUAAAAGCCCCCCCCCCAAACACUGUACCUCUAUUGCCUGCAUAAGGGUUCAGGUUUGGUAUGGUACGGCCAGAAGGAUAGAUUGAUUUCAUGUGACUUUUAAGAAAAAAAAUCUAGAUUGACUAGAUGAAUUUCCAGAGAAUUGUGCUGAGUGAAAAAAGCCAGACCGAGAAAGGUUUCAUACUGUAUGAUCCCAUUUGUCACAUUCUGGAAAUGGCAAAAUCAUAGUCCUGGAGGGGACAGCAAAGCUACUGCCAGGGAGAAGGGCUGUGCGGUGUCUCUCAAAAGGCACCAGGAGGCCUCCUGUGGUCACGGAGUGCUCUGUGUCUUGACUAUACCUGGUCAGUGUCCUCGCUGGGAUACCACACUCAAAUUUCGCACAGUGUCACCAUUAGGGCAGACUGGGUAGCUCUGUGUUAGUUCUUACAACUGCAUGUGGAGCUACUGUUAUCUCAAAAUAAACAUGUUUAAUUGAAAACAAAUCUAACUUGAUUUCUAAACUGGAAAAUUUGGGGAAGUGCCGCUGAGUCUCACGUCUCCGACGUUUUGCCUUAAGAUAGAUACCUUCCACGAUGACGUCAACAUCCGGAACCGACAAGGAGAAGACAGCAAUGAUAGGCCUGGUCCUUUUAAUCGCGGGCCUGGGAACUCUUCGCGCUAUCCCCAUGUGGCCUUCACCUGCUCCAGGUGAGGAGGCAGGUGAGGAGGCCCACCCCAGAAGCCUGGCUUUGGCUCCAUCGUCGGACUCCCAUUGAGGACUUUAUUAACUGGAAGUUGUUGAAAUUAAUAAUCAAGAAUCCAAACUACUUCCGUACCAAUCCUUCCAUACGGGAACUCUGGAAAUCAUAUCAUACCAGAGAGUAAAGCACAGUACAUACUGAAUUAAACAUUUAACAUCAUUUGCUUGAUGCUAUUUUUAGCUCAAAUUUAUUACGUGAAUUCAAACUCAAAGCCCUCCCCCCAUAAUGAAUUUUAUAUUAUUUGCACUUUGUUAAAAAGGAAUGAUAAAUUCUAAAAAAAUA